ACGACGCGUUUGGAUUGUGAUUACUCUGAUCAUAUUUAAGAACAUACUCGUGAAUACCUCAAUCGUUAAUCAUGUCGAAGAAGGUGGCAGUGGUAACUGGGUCUAAUAAGGGGAUAGGAUACGCCAUAGUUCGAGGCCUGUGCAAGCAGUUUGAGGGAGAUGUCUACCUUACUUCAAGGAAGAAGGAGUUGGGCCAGGAGGCCAUCAAGAGCUUAAACUCGGAGGAACUGUAUCCAAAGUUCCAUCAACUUGACAUCACGGACCAAGCCAGCAUUGAUCGUAUGAGAGAUUUCCUCAAGAAUACAUAUGGCGGUUUGGACAUCCUGGUCAACAAUGCCGGGAUUGCUUACAAGCAAGAUUCUAUAGUUCCAUUUGCAGAACGGGCAGAAGUGACAAUUAAGACAAACUACCAAGGAACACUAGAUCUCUGCAAUGCCCUGUUUCCGCUAUUGAGACCGCAUGCGCGGGUUGUAAACGUUUCAAGCAUGGCAAGUAAUGCGAUAAAGAAAUGUAGCAAAGAGAUUCAAGCAAAGUUUUUAAACUUCACAAUUACAGUCAACGAACUAACGAACUUGAUGAACGACUUCAUACAAGCAGCAAAAAAUGGGGACAACGAAAGCAAAGGGUAUCCUAGCAGCGCUUACGGCAUGUCAAAGGUCGGCGUAUCAGUUUUGUCAGAAAUUCAGCAUCGCCAACUUUCGGCAGACCCGCGAGAAGACAUCUUAGUCAAUGCUUGCUGUCCUGGUUACGUCAAUACGGAUAUGACGUUACACAAAGGGCAUAAAACCAUUGACCAAGGCGCAGACACACCCCUCUACCUGGCUCUUCUCCCGCCAGGAACCAAAAGUCCAGCGGGGAAGUUUUUACUGGAUAGGGAGAUUAAGAAAUGGAACGAAUAAUUCGUACUUUCAUUAAAUAGUUUUUAUAAUUAAAUCUGCAAUUUACUCAUUUCUGCUGUGAUUUAUAUGCUUAUAACUUAUGGGAGUGCAAGCACCAAAUUGUCUGUAAAAUAAAC